AUGUCUCCUGCUUCAGGGUCCAAAGGUGACAAUGGCGCCAACGGAGCCAACGGGGCCAACGGAGCCAACGGGGCCAACGGAGCCAACGGGGCCAACGGUGCGCAAGACAGCAUAGAUGCCAGCACCGCCCACUCCAAGGGUCAUCUCCAAAUCCAAAAUGGCUUCGACACGCAAGCAAAGCGUGGCUCAGACCAGCCGCCUGCCCUGGGGCAGCAUCAAAAGUCCCAGAGCAGGCAGAGAACCUCCACCCUCGGCGCAAUCAUGCAACUGCGUCAAGCCUCCAAACGACCACUCCCAGUUGAAAGGGGAGACGGCAGGUACAGGACCAUUGUGAAGCGGCCCGGAUUCGUGCAGGAUCUCAAGUCUUUUUCUUGGCGAGACAUCAAGACUCUAAAAGACAUCAUCGGUGCCAAGCUCAAGGGCGAGACCCUUCAAGACGACAAGACCAUGAUCAUGGAGCGCACCAUUCAAUUAGUCAACGCCAUGCCUAACAAGUCCAAGCGGCAAGAGGUUCUGACAAACAUCUUCAUCGAUGAGUUGUGGAACUCGUUGGACCAUCCUCCUCGUUUGUACAUGGGAGACGAGUUCAAGUACCGCCAGCCUGACGGCUCAAAUAAUAACCCGCUGUUGCCGAGGCUUGGUGCAGCUGGAACCCCAUACUCGCGUACUGUGAAGCCUGGUCCAGCCAACAUGGGAGCGCUACCGGACCCCGAAGCUAUCUACGAAGCUGUCAUGGCUCGAGAUGGUUUCCGGAAGAACCCUAACAAUGUGUCGAGCAUAUUGUGGUACUGGGCGACCAUCAUUAUUCACGAUUUGUUCUGGACCAGCGCAGCGGACCACAAUCAGAAUGAUUGCUCUUCGUAUCUGGAUCUUUCACCGCUGUACGGAAACAAUGCGGAAACGCGAGACUCGAUUCGAACCUUCAAAGACGGCAGGUUGAAGCCUGAUACUUUUGCUGACAAGCGUCUGAUCGGCAACCCCCCCGGCGUAUGCGUCCUCUUAAUCAUGUUCAACCGCUUUCACAACUACGUGGCGACCAACUUGGCUGCCAUCAACGAGGGCAAUCGCUUUGCGAGGCCUCCCCCAAACCUGGAGGGCGAGGCGCUUGCCGCUGCCUGGAAAAGGUACGAUGACGAUCUCUUCGAGACGGCUCGUCUGGUUACUUCGGGGCUGUACAUCAACAUCACGCUUGUCGAUUACGUCCGCAACAUUAUCAACCUGAACCGGGUCGACAGCCAGUGGACGCUGGACCCCAGACAGGAGAUGGGAGUAUCCAAAGGAACGUCCAAGGGAUCCGAUAGCGGCGUCGGCAACGCCGUCUCUGCCGAGUUCAACCUGUGUUACCGCUGGCACUCGUGCAUCUCGGAAAUGGACGAGCGAUGGAUACAGGAUUUCUACACGCAGCUUCUUGGAGGAGACUACGGUGAGAUGAACCUGGGAGUGUUGAUAGGGGCCGUCAAGAAGUUCGAGAUGAGCAUCCCGCACGACCCUGCGGAGCGCACAUUCGGCGGCUUCACCCGUCGACCAGACGGCACCUUUGACGACGACGACCUCGUCAAUGCCAUUUCAACCGCCAUCGAACAGCCGGGCGGCGCGUUCGGCGCUCGGAACGUUCCCCGCAUCAUGAAGCCCGUGGAAAUGCUGGGUAUAAUCCGCGGCCGCAAGUGGAACCUCGCCGGUCUCAACGAGUUCCGAAAGCACUUUGGCCUCAAGGCUUACGAUACGUUCGAGGAGAUCAACUCGGACCCUGGCGUGGCAGAGUCGCUUCGCAACCUGUACCAGCACCCCGACAACGUCGAGCUGUAUCCCGGGAUCGUCGCCGAAGAAGGCAAGACGCCCAUGGUCCCUGGGGUGGGCAUCGCGCCUACCUACACCAUCUCGCGAGUGGUGCUUUCGGAUGCCGUGUCUCUGGUCCGUGGUGAUAGGCACUACACGAUCGACUACCAUCCCGGCUACCUGACCCAAUGGGGGUUCAACCAAGCCAACUACGAGUUUGAAGUCAACCAUGGAUGCGUCUUUUACAAGCUCUUCAUCCGGGCCUUCCCCAACCACUUCAGAUACAACUCAGUCUACGCGCAUUAUCCCAUGGCAACCCCUACCGAGAACCGCAAGAUCCUGGCAAGCCUCAAGUGUGCGCAGAACUUCGACUUCAGCCGACCCGAGUUUGUCGCCCCAGCAGUCAAGUUGUCUUCCUACAGCGCGGCCAAGCACGUCUUGGCCAACCAAGACAAGUACACGGCCGCGAGGGAGGAAGGUCUGCAGCACCUCAUGGGCGGACCCAGCAACGAAAAGCUCUUGCUUUCCGGGGAGUACUCCGCUCGCGCGGAACAGCGCAACAACCUGCAGGCACUAUUGCGCAACGAUGGCUGGAAGGCCUCUGUCAAGACCUUCUACGCUUCCGUCGCAGAGAGACUCUUGGCUGAAAAGUCGUGCAAGGUGGCCGGUAUGACUCAGGUUGACGUUAUCCGCGAUGUGGGCAACCUGGCGCACACGCACUACGUUUCGAGAUUGUUCAACUUGUCGUUGAAGUCGAGCGAAAACCCCAGGGGAGCCAUCUGCGAGCAAGAGUUGCAUCAGAUCUUGUCAAUGAUAUCCGCUUGCACCUUGCUGGAAACAGACCCGGUCAAAUGCUAUCCUCUUCGCCAGCAGGCCAAGCAGCUGGCGGCGCGAUUGGCCGUCAUGGUCGAGACCAACGUCAAGCUCAUCAAGACUCUUGGCAUUUGCGGUCUGUACACCGGUGCUGCGGCCAAGAACGACCUGUUAUCUCAGUACGGCGUCAAUCUCGUCAAGACGCUUUCCAAGUCUGGUCUUGACGCCCACGACAUCACGUGGAGCCAGAUUCUCCCAGCUGCUGGAGGAUUCGUGCCCAACCAGGCGCAAAUGUUUGCCACGUCUGUCGAUUGGUACCUCUCCGAAGAAGGCAGGCAGUACGUUCCUGAAAUCCAAAGCCUUGCACAAGGGGAGCCAAACGAGUCCAAAGACGCGUUGCUGCUCGGUUACGCGCUUGAAGGCGUCCGCCUCGCAGGCGCCUCUAGCUUCCACCGUCAAGCCUCCGGGGCAGACAUCAUCACCGAAAAAGGCCGACGGAUCAACAUUCAGCCUGGUGAGCGCGUCCUCGUUUCACCCAGCUCCGCUGCGCUCGAAGAGGCCAGCUUCCCCGAGGCCAGCAGAGUCAAUCCCAGGCGACCGCUCGAAUCAUACCUCCGCCACAGUGAGGGAUCGCUUGCCGCCUUGGGCGAGGAAGUCGCCCAGAUUUCUUUGGUGGAGCUUUUCCGCGCGCUGUUCAGGAAGAGAGGUCUGCGGAGGGUGCCCGGACCGUUGGGUGAGCUCAAGAAGGUUUCGGGGGGCUACAUGUCGGAGGACUGGGGUGAAGUGUGGCCGUUCCCCGUGAGCAUGAAGAUAACGUGGGAGGCUGAAUAG